AUGGCACCUACUGCUGCUUCGUCGACUCCCUCAAGCGACGCCAAAACGUCGUCGUCAUCAUCAUCAUCAUCAUCAGCAGCAGCUGGCUCAGCGGCCUUGUCCUCGAUGGCCUCGCUCAAGAACUCGCUCCUCUCGGUGCCAGGCUCCAAGUCUGGUAGCGGCACACAGACGCCCACCGUUCCCAACGCCAACGGCUACGCAGAGACGACAUUCCCGGGCAAGGCCGAGCAAGCGCAGAAGGCCAUUGCAAGCGUCAAGGAGAGUGGCUUCAUCCCUCCUGAGCUCGUCGAGGCUGAGGUCAUGUGGUUCUACCAAAACCUUGGCAUCGAUGACCAGUACUUUGCCGCCGAAUCCCUCUCUACCAUCUGCGAUCACAUCACCGCCCUCUACGGUGCCAAGGUUCUCGCAUAUACCAAGCACUCGAACACUCUCGAGAUCGAUCUCGAGCACGAGACGUCCGAAGGCGCCGUCUUCAUUCACUCAAGUUCCCCUGGAGCCAGCGUAGCUGACGGUGGAGCCAAGCCGCAAUACGAGACUCGCAUCGACGAGAAGUACCUCGACAAGAGCAACACGUCAGAUGCGUGGCGCCUCGAGACGUACCGCUCCAAGGGCUCUGUAUCGUCAUCGUCCCCUCAACGCCUUCGCUGCUACUUCUUGUCCAAGUGCAAGUUCGUACAGCCUGUGCCCAAAGCCGGAACGCCUGAGUUCCGAGACAUUCGCUGCGUCUCAGACCCUGACUUCCUUUCCAAGGCGAGCUCAAAUACCCUCGAAAUCUACCAAGAAGUCAUUGAAGAGGCUCUCGACCGAACAGGACCCGUCAUUGAGCUCUUCCAGGUCGAGGGCUCUCGCGAGCACCGCGUCGUCAUUGGGUACCGCCAGGAGACUACACACGGCUUCUUCUCUGCUCUCUCUUCUCUCUACCACUUCUACCACCUCUUCUCGAGCCGAAAAUACGUCGAGCAGUUCAGCAAUGGCGUCACAAUCGUCUCGCUGUACCUCAACCCGCUGCCUGGCUCCAAGGCUCCGCCCAUUGAGCACUCGAUUCACCAGGUCAUCAAGGAGGCGUCUCUCGUCUUCUGCCUGCCCGACAACCCCUUCUUCCAGGCUGGCGAGUCUGCCUCGACACACGCUGUCCAGGAAGCCACCUACGCCUACGUCGGCUGGCUCUUUGCCCAGCACUUCUGCAAUCGUCUCGGUCAGUCUUACCAAGCUCUGCGAAGGUAUCUCGAUGAGUCGAACCCGGAACAAGCAGCCGUCCUCAACGACAUUAAGCUGCGCUUCAGGGAGGAGACUUUCACUCGCCAAUCGAUCCAGGACGUGCUGCAGACGUACCCUGAUAUCGUCCGCCUCCUCUACGUCCAUUUCGCCAACAUUCACUACCCGGGAGGUACGGAGGAUGAUGAGCUCGUCCCCACGCUCUCAUACCAGCGCCUAGUCAAGGAAGAGGUCCUCACCGAUGACCAGAUGUAUGCCCGCAUCCGCAAAGCGACUGUCAAUCAGCAUGAGUUCCAGGUCCUCGAGGCCCUGCUCCUCUUCAACAAGGCUGUCCUCAAGACCAACUUCUACACGCCGACCAAGGUUGCACUUAGCUUCCGCUUGGACCCUGGCUUCCUGCCCGAAGUCGAGUACCCAAUCAAGCCCUUUGGCAUCUUCUUUGUCGUUGGCUCCGACUUCCGUGGCUUCCAUGUACGUUUCCGCGACGUCGCUCGCGGUGGUAUCCGCAUCGUUCGCAGCCGCAAUCGCGAGACGUACAGUAUCAACCAGCGCACGCUCUUCGACGAGAAUUACGCACUCGCGUCAACGCAGCAUCUCAAGAACAAGGACAUCCCCGAGGGCGGCUCAAAGGGUACGAUUUUGCCCAGCCUCGACGCCAACCCGCGAAUGUGCUUUGAGAAGUACUGUGACAGCUUGCUCGAUGUCUUGCUCGAGGGGCAGUCCCCCGGAGUCAAGGUCAAGAUCGUUGACCUCGUCGGCAAGGAGGAGAUUCUGUUCCUGGGACCCGACGAGGGUACCGCUGACUGCAUGGACUGGGCCGCUGAGCAUGCACGACAGCGCAAUGCGCCUUGGUGGAAGUCUUUCACUACCGGCAAGACGGCUGCCACGCUCGGCGGUGUCCCUCACGAUGUCUGGGGCAUGACGUCUCUCUCGGUGCGCCAGUACUCGACGGGCAUCAUUCGCAAGCUGGGCCUUCGAGAGGAGGACGUCACCAAGGUGCAGACAGGUGGCCCUGAUGGCGACUUGGGAUCCAACGAGAUCUUCCUGAGCAAGGAUAAGACGACGACGAUCAUCGACGGCUCGGGUGUCAUUCACGACCCGGUCGGCCUGAAUCGAGAGGAGCUGACACGUCUGGCGCGAGCGAGGAAGAUGAUCUCCGACUUCGACGUCUCGAAGCUGGGCCCAGAUGGCUACCGCGUCCUUGUCGAGGAGAACGAUGUCAAGCUGCCUAGCGGUGAGGUCAUCCCCGACGGUGUCCAAUUCCGCAACACCGCCCACUUGCGCUUCAAGGCCGACCUUUUCGUCCCCUGCGGUGGCCGACCCGAGUCAAUCAACAUCAGCAAUGUGACGAAGCUCUUCGACGCCGAGGGCAAACCCCACUUCAAGUACAUCGCCGAGGGUGCCAACCUCUUCAUCACCAAGCAGGCUCGCGUCGAACUCGAGCGUCGCGGCGUCAUCCUCUACCCUGACGCCAGUGCCAACAAGGGCGGUGUCACCUCUUCAUCCCUCGAAGUCCUAUGCGGUCUCAGCUUGACCGACGAGGAAUAUCAGGACCUGAUGAUCUUCAAGGAUGGCCAGCCCUCGAAGUUCUACCUGGGCUACGUGCGCGACAUCCAGAACAUCAUCUCGCAGAACGCACAGAAGGAAUUCGAGGCCAUCUGGCAUGAGGCGACCGCGACGGGCAAGCCUCGUUCUCUCAUCUCGACCGAGCUGUCACAAGCACUCAACGUCCUCUCCGAGGAGCUCGAGGGCACCGACUUGUUCCACAAUGUCGCCAUUCGCAACUCGGUCAUGUCGCAUGUCUUCCCCCAGACGCUGCAGAAGAAGGUCGGGCUGGAAAAGCUCAUCGAGCGCAUCCCGGAGGCGUAUGCCCGCUCUGCUUUUGCUGCCUUCUUGGCUGCUGACUUCAUCUACAAGAAUGGGCCAGGGGCAAGCCACGUCGCCUUCUUCCUGCAUCUGAGGAAUCUCGCACCUUCGUCGUAG